AGGGUGGCUGUAAAAGUUAGAAAAAGGGGAAAUCUUUGAACUUCAGUUUUUGACACAUAGAGAAAGUCUCUUUCUUCUAUACUUACUUCACUUCCCAGAGAAUCAACUAAGCUCCAUGAAACUCAUUCAUGACCUUUUAAAAAUUAACAAUAAUGACCUGCAAUUCUUGGAAAUUAUGAUGUCACUCAGAAAUCCAAAUCAAUUAUUUCAAACUUUUCAAAUGUUGACAGUCAAGGCACAAUAUGCAGAUACUGGAAAUAUAGUCAUAUACGUCUCAGGUCUUAUUUAAUUGUUUACUUUGCCUUCCUCAAAAAAGAACUGAUUCUUUAUUUUAUGGAUGUUUGAAAGAUCUUUAUCUGCAGAAAAUAAUUUGAGGAGAAGUUUUCUUAUGUUGAAAAAUAAUUAAUUGAAGCUGCCAUGUCACUUUUCCAGGAUUCUACAAAUAACUACUAACUACCAGACUAAAUAAAUCAAACAUAAAGAAAAGUGCACUUUUUUCUUUAAAUCUAGACAAUACUGUAGAAAAGUAAGGGUAAUGGUGAUACAGAAAACAUGAUAUAUUAGAAAAACAAAAGUAAAAGGGAUUUGAAUAUGUUAGGCAUGAAACUUCAUCUUAGACAUAAUAUUAACAUGUGAAACAUUUACAUUAGAUGGAAUUGAAAAUAAAAAUUAAUGUUUGAAGUGAUGAAAUUAGUUAAAUAACCUUUCAUUCUGUCAUCUAUCAUAUUAGCUGUAGAGUCACAAAGACUUAAAAUAUAGAUAUUACUUAUUGUGACGAUUUUAAUCUAGUGUUGUUACAAUAAACAAUAUGCAUACUAUUCAGAUUCUAUAAACACCCUAAUCAAAUUAGAAGUAUUACAAAGAAAAAAAUCUUGGGUCAUUUUUAAUAUUAGGCUCCUAAUAUCUACUCUGAGCAUCCUUCCCACUAUUGUACUAAUGCUAAGCAAACUUUAGUACCCUGAGAAACAUUAGGCUAAAGAUAACUCAGUAAAGAAAUGCCACAGGAAAAGAUUCAUGUAAAAUUUGAUGAUUGUUUUAUAAAUGGGUGCCUUCGCUUGCUGAAACAAUGGCAGGGAGUCACAGGGAAGGGAGCGAGUGGAGCUGUAUUGCUGUGUCCCUGGGAGCACAGGGAGCACCUGCAGCUCUGCAUCUCUCCUGGAGGGUUUGUCACAUUUACACACAAAAGGUCAUCAGACAGACCCAAGGGCAACAACACUUGCUAGUAGAAAAUGCGCAUUGAUUCUCCUGUUGCCCGUAAGUUACCUGAGGAAGAGCAGGAUGGGGAGGAAGGUGCUUUUCUCUUGCCUUAAAAGUAUGGUGGUUGUAGCAAAGACAAACUGGCCCUGAAAGACAAAUCUAUUCACUUGGGACAGCAAGAGGUUCAUGACCCCCUUGCAAAUGGGCAAUGGCUUCUGGCAGCAGCCUGUAUGGAAACAUGGUGGGUAGAGGAAGAGCAGCAGCAACCAGAGCAUCACUUCCUCCCCAUCAGCUGCCUUGCUUGGUUUUCUGCAUCCUUCCCCUUUGGCUGUCUGUCCCUGCACCACCCUUUCCUUCUUCUCUGCUAGCCUGGGGACAUGCAGAGCAGCUGCCCUGGUGCUCCCAGGGAGGAGGAGGCCCUGCAGGAGGGCCCUGUGGCCCUGCUGGGGGGCUGCAAACCAUCUCUGUCGUGGGCAUCGCCCCCACCUCCAGCCCUCCCUCCCUCCCUCCUCAGCAGAAGAAAAUGAACUGGGUUGGUGGUAGUCGGAGCAGAAUCAUACUAAAGCAGGAAAGGAGAAAACAAAAGGAAUACUUUGAAAAAAAGAAACUUAAAACAAAAAUGAAGCUUCUGGAAGUAUCAUCUCCUAAAAGUUCAGCAGUCAGUUUAGAUCUUCUUAAUCUCUAUGUGGUUAACCAGAUAUCAACCAAAAAAGACAACACUGAGAACGUGAGGAAGCCAGUCCACGUGGAUAUCACUGAAGAUGUAAAAAAACUUCCUGGGAGACACAACUUAGAGCUUCCCACAUCACCACUACGUACACAACAUAAGUCAAAUCUAGAUGAUCUCCAGAACAGGGUUUUCAGUCCUCUAACUGUACACAGCCUCCAGAAGAAAAGUUCAACACAAACCCAAUGGGCAACAUUUGGGAACAGACCUAUGAAGAGAAGCUGCAAAAGCAGGCUAGACCAUAUGAAUGCUGCCAGGAAAAAUCCAGUCAUAAUGACCAGUAACGAAUCAGAAAACUGUGAGGGAAUAAAAGCACCGGUAUUUGAUGUUGUGAAAGAAACCACAGAACUGAAAGCUCCCCAAGUUGGAAGUGGUUGUUCCUUUCUGGCACUGUUUGAAGAUGAGAGCCAACCAAUCCAUAGUAAUCCUUCCACAAAGCAUUUUAAUCUUUUUGUUAACCAAAGCAGUACUGACAUUUUUUUCAUCCAUUCUGAUGUUAGAAAUCAAAUGACUGACAGAAAUUAUCCUUACAACACUAGAAAGGCUUAUCCUGCAAUCAGUCAAAAAAAAAGUUCCAUAGACAGACACCUUGAAGGCAUUUUCACAACUCCAGAACUCGUUUUCCUUAAAAGUGACAAUGACUCAAGUUCAAGCUACAAGGAAACCAGUGGACUUCAUAAAACCGACCUGCAGAACUUCAAUGAGGGACAGCACUACUUCAUACCCUGUGAAAAGAAAGAAAAACAUGCAAACCUCGAAAAAAUUGAGACAUUUGCUUAUCACCAUGAUCAGCAGAUUAACUUAAAGGAGAAUGUGCAGAAUUAUUCAAGAAAAAAAAGGGAUGACGAGUCCAUGAAAGAAACAGGCUGGAGACAGAACCAGCUCUUUGGAUUUGAAGAGUUUACAAGAGCACAAGAGAAAGAGUCUAAGUUUGGAGCAAGUUCAAAUCUUCAUGAGAUGGAGAAAAAUAUGGAGUCACCACUCAGCAACCAGUCUUACAGUUACUCUCCAAGACAGACCGAGAGCUAUUUGAGCUGUAGUCCUGACACAUGUGAAGAGGAAGACACAGCCAAAAAGACGGAAUAUCUGAAUGAACAGUCCUUGAAGACACAUGAUGCCAACCUCUCAGCAAGCAGAGAGGCGCCCAAGAGCUUCCACACCAGAACUGUGCCUCUCCAGCCCAGCAGUAGUUUGGGUAGAGAAGAACCAAACAUUCUUCAGGAGAAAGGCUCUAUUUUUUGCGCCACAGAGGAGGAAAGUAAAAACCACGCUGCCCCAUCCGAGGGCAGCUCAUCACACCGAGCCCUUAAGGGAGAGCACGUCACUCGCAGCACCAGGCGUGAUGUUUGGUCGCAGACUGAGCGCUCUGUGACAGAAGUAGAGAAGGCGGAUGUGGCCACCCAGUGUGGCACCUUGCGGGUGUGCAGCUGUGGGGGCUCCCUGCCCGCAGCCCGCAGCCCAGUCGGGGUCCCUCCUCCCCGCACCGCCGGCACCGCGGGAGAAGACGAACUGCCAGCGCAGGAGAUACCGCAGCCCGCGGGCGCCGGCAGCGCGGCAGGGAUUGCUGCCCUUCCUUCUGAAGCCGAGUACCUGAGUUUGGCUGGCAAAAGGACUCUGGAGGUGCUGAACUACAUUGAUAAAAUGAAGGAGAGAGAUAAGCAGUGACCAACUAGAAUGGCAUGGGGGGAACACAGAAGUUUUGUUCUGUUCUCAGUGUGUUUCAUUCACUUGGCAUGUUUAUUUUUCUAGCCCGGUUGGACAAAAAAUAUUUUUGCUGUUUGUUUGCUUUAAACUAUUAAUACCUAUGGAUUUCUGUCUAACUACUGCUAUCUCUAAAUAUGGGUUUCUAUAAAUAUCCAACUGUUAACACAGGAUUUUACAAUACCCUAGUAAAUAUAAGCAUUAGGAAUUAGAUUGGCUUUCUCACCAUAUAUCCAUAGGAUUCUGUACUUUGGGAUUGACUUUGCUUCUUUUAAGGUAGUGGAAAGAUGCCGUUUCACUUCAAAACAUUUUUGAUGUGGGUCUUAGUUCAGAGCUAUUGUCUGGUUCUUAUCCAUUUUAACAGACAAACUCGCCUUUUCUGUGUGUUCAUACUAAAUAAAAAAAUGGAAAACAACAGAAAAUGUACAUCUGCACACAUAGAAUAGAAUGUAAUUUAAAAAGAACUAAUUUAUUAUUUUAAAAAAAUGCUGAGUUUUCCUUCCACAGCAGAUCUAUUGAUUCACUCUCUGGCUGUUAAUACUAACAAAUCUUUCAUGUGUUUCUGUAUUCUGUCUGCAAACUAAAAAUUUGAACUACUUUCCUGUUCAGUAUUUUUGUGAAGUCACAAAUCACAACAAAAUAAAAGUUUCCGAUAAUAUUG